AUGGCUCCUCUGUAUGUAGUUGGUAGAGCUGGCCACGCCAUGGAGCUUCGCUCCGACGACAUUGGAGCUGGUGCGACAUCUACCACAACCGACAAAUCCCUUCACAUCAAGCCUAGUAUCAUGAUCGCCAUCGUCCUCGUUGCGAUUGCAGGAACUACCCUCCUCUGGAUUAUCUCCUACCACGCUGUUCUACACUUUCGCGAUCCAACAAACCUGAGCCAACUUCCAACCUUUGGCAGCCUGAUCCGUCGUCGAGGUGCCCGACAGGCCAGAACUCAUACCGACGGAAGAAAUGAAUCGACGCAAGAACUGAACCCUGGAUGUCGGUUUGAAGGCGUGGAGGAGUACAACGAACUUCGCGACAUCCGUAUUCGAGCCACCCGUCCCAUGCAUCAACACCCACGCAUUCAACGUCCGCCGCGUGCCUACCAUCGUUUCGCUGACGAUAUCGAUACUCUGCCAUCAUAUUCACCAGCGCCGACUUACGUGUCGUCGAUGCCCGGAUCUCCGAGGUCAGCUACUCAUAGUUCGUCAAUGAUGUCGUUGGUUGUUGAAAUCGACGAAUCCUCGACUGUCGGCCGACAACAGCACCAUCACGAUCGCACUCGAACCACGGUGACCAUCUUCCCACCGCAGCCGCCGACGCAUCAGGUGGUGGACGGAACCGAUUAUGCAUCGUUUCCAACGGAGCGUGGCGUUCAAGGACUGGGCGCCCGCGUUCAUCACGAGCGCACGAACAAUCAGAUCCAGAUGCCUUCUGCAAACAAGAAGCAAGGUGCUUCGCACAACUGAGGAUCUGACGACGGACUGAUGUACUUGAUAACGUGGCGAACUUCGUGGGAUUGCCUUGAGAGGUAAAGAAGAAGCAUGGAAUGCUUUGUUUCGUGGUCUAUUGGCUCUAGCUGGCCAGCAUGUUAAAAAUUGACGACUGAGCAGGCAUGAUCCAGGUAUGACUUUGAUAACGGUCUCUCAAUUACCAAAAUUCGAUUCACCAAACACAUAGUCUGAGUCAAUAAGAGUUGGU